AUGAUAGCGAUUCCGUAUCUCACUGCACUCACAACCUAUUUCAGUUAUGGUUUGCUCUUCGCUUUCGGUCAAUUCAGAGAUUUCUUCAGAAAAAUCUUCGACUGGUGCAGCUCCAACAAUCUUCAGGGUUAUGCACCGAUCUGUUUAGGACUUGAAGAUUUUUAUAUUCGCCGGUUAUACCUCCGCAUUCAGGACUGUUUUGGGAGACCUAUAUCAAGUGCUCCUGAUGCUUGGUUUGAUGUAGUCGAACGCCACUCCAAUGAUAAUAACAAGACAUUAAAACGAACCAGUAAAGUAAGUAGAUGUCUUAACUUGGGAUCAUAUAACUAUCUUGGUUUUGCUGCGGCUGAUGAAUACUGCACUCCUCGAGUAAUUGAUACAUUGAAGAAGUAUUCUCCAAGCACUUGCAGUACGCGGGUGGACGGGGGCACAACUGCACUUCACAAUGAAUUGGAGGAAUGUGUAGCUAGUUUUGUUAAAAAGCCAGCUGCUUUGGUUUUUGGAAUGGGCUAUGUGACUAACUCUGCUAUUCUUCCAGUCUUGAUGGGGAAGGGAAGUUUGAUUAUUAGUGAUUCACUGAACCACAACUCAAUUGUUAAUGGUGCACGGGGAUCAGGAGCAACUAUUCGUGUUUUUCAACACAACGUGCCAGCACAUCUAGAAGAAGUUUUACGAGAACAAAUUGCUGAUGGACAGCCAAGAACACACAGGCCUUGGAAGAAGAUAAUGGUUGUUGUGGAGGGGAUAUACAGCAUGGAAGGAGAGCUUUGCAAACUUCCAGAGAUCAUAGCUAUAUGCAAAAAAUUUAAGGCUUAUACAUAUUUGGAUGAAGCACACAGUAUUGGAGCUGUGGGCAAGUCGGGAAGGGGAGUUUGUGAGCUCUUGGGUGUGGAUACUGCUGAUAUUGAUAUUAUGAUGGGAACAUUCACCAAAUCAUUUGGAUCAUGCGGAGGUUAUAUUGCAGGAUCUAAGGAGCUCAUCAAAUACUUGAAGUACACUUGCCCCGCACAUCUUUAUGCAACUUCAAUUUCACCCCCAGCAGCUCAACAAAUAAUAUCAUCCAUAAAAGUUAUUCUUGGAGAGGAUGGUUCAUGUCGAGGUGCCCAGAAACUUGCACAAAUUCGAGAGAAUAGCAAUUUUUUCAGGUCAGAACUGCAGAAGAUGGGAUUUGAGGUUCUCGGGGAUAAUGAUUCUCCUGUGAUGCCAAUCAUGCUUUACAACCCAGCCAAAAUCCCUGCUUUCUCAAGGGAGUGCCUCAGGCAGAAUAUUGCUGUUGUGACUGUUGCAUUUCCAGCAACCCCAUUGCUAUUGGCUAGAGCACGCAUAUGCAUAUCAGCUUCUCAUACAAGGGAAGAUCUUACACAUGCCUUGAAGGUUAUUAGCAAUGUGGGCGAUCUAGUUGGCAUAAAAUACUUCCCCGCUGAACCAUUGAAGCAGCAACAAGGUGAUAAAACUGUGAAGUUUGAUUGA